CAGAAGCACCUAAACAAGUUGUAACACUCACUCGUUCUUUUCGCUUCGCUUCAGAGUUCUCAUUUGCAUUCGUAUUUGCAGAGAUAGUUUAUUGACCGGUCAGUGACUUACUCAAUGGCUGACCGAGUUCACCCCCGCGACUCGCCUCCCCUUUCCGCCGAGUCACAAUCAGCUUCGCCUCAGGAUUCCUCUGUCGUUCCACAAGCGCUGCGGCCACCGCCGUCGGAGAAGCCGGUGCCCUCACCUGGAACCUACGUCAUCAAGAUACCCAAGGAUCAAGUCUACCGCGUUCCUCCGGCCGAGAACGCCCGCCGCUACGACCAAUAUACUCACCGGAAGCACCGCCGGAGCCGAUGCUGUAGCUGCUGCUGCUGGCUCAUUGGAAUCCUCUCCAUUUUGAUCGUGCUUCUUGGCAUCGCCGCCGGAAUCUUCUAUCUCGUUUUCCGUCCGAAGGCUCCGAAGUACACCAUCGAAGACAUCGCCAUCAGAGGAAUUAACGUCACGUCGCCGUCGUCCGAUGUGGCAAUCUCGCCGGAGUUCAACGUCACCGUCAAGGCCGAUAACCCUAACGACAAGAUCGGAAUCUACUAUUUGAAGGAUAGCUCCGCCGAAGUAUUUUACAACGACGCGAGGCUCUGUAACGGUGCACUACCGGCGUUUCACCAGCCGUCCAAUAACGUGACGGUGUUCGGGAUGGUUUUAAAGGGUAACGGAAUCGAGCUUAGGAGCGAGGACCGAAAGUCGUUGGUGGAGUCGCAGACCAAACGGAAAGUACCAUUGACCGUUAGAAUUAGAGCGCCUGUGAAAAUAAAAGUUGGGUCCGUUAAGACGUGGAAGAUUACCGUUAAGUUGGACUGUGACGUGACGGUGAACGACUUAACGGCGCAAGCAAAGAUCGUUUCUAAACGUUGUGACUAUGAGGUUGAUCUUUGGUGAUGAAAAACAUGGACAACUGGAGUCAGUUUUCCUUUUUUUUUCUUUUAAUUAUUAUUACUCUUUGUCAGAGAUACACAGAAACAUUCCUGAGAUUAUUAUACAUUGUUUAUAUUUCAAAUAAA